AUGGCGUCCAAGGCAAUGUGGGAGGUCGAUCCGGAGACGCGAUCCAAGCUGGCCGCGAUCCAAAAGGAAUCUAAGAACAAUGUCUGCUGCGACUGCAACGCCCCGUCCCCGCAGUGGGCGUCGCCCAAGUUUGGCGUCUUCAUCUGCCUGUCCUGCGCGGGUGUCCACCGUGGCCUAGGCGUGCACAUUUCGUUUGUGCGGAGCAUCUCUAUGGAUGCCUUCAAGGCCAGCGAGAUUGAGCGCAUGCGGCUAGGUGGCAACGAGAACUGGCGCCAAUUCUUCGACGAGCACGACGACACGCAGAUGCGCGGCAUCUCCUGGGACGACGCCACGAUUGCGGAGCGCUACAGCGGCGAGGUCGGCGAGGAGUACAAGGAGCGGUUAACCUGCAAGGUUGAGGGCAAGGACUACGUACCCGGCGAGAAGAAGCCUGCCGCGCCGGCGGCCAAAGCGCAAGCGCCGGGUGCCACGUCUCGCACUGGAACGCCACUGAGCGGCACAGCCCACGGGAACAGCCGCAGCCAGAGCCCGGCGCAGUCUACUGGCGGUGGUGGCAACGGCAAGGUCAAAGUUGACGACAGGUACUUUGCCAAGCUCGGCGCAGACAAUGCCUCACGACCCGACGACGUGCCCCCGAGCCAAGGCGGCAAGUACGCUGGCUUCGGUAGCAUGCCGGCGUCGAACAAGAGCAGUAGCAACAAUGCGCUGCCCAACUUUGACGAUGUACAGCAAGAUCCUUUUGCUGCUAUUUCAAAGGGCUUUGGUUGGUUCACAUCCACCGUAACCAAGACGGCCAAGACAGUCAAUGAUGGAUACAUUCAGCCUACUGCCACCAAGUUUGCCGAAGGUGAUUUCGCCAAGCAAGCGCAGCUUACGGCAGCGCAGCUUGCCAAGCAGGCGCAGCUGGCCGGCAAGAAUGCUCAGGAUGGAUUCAACCGGUUCGUCGAGGGCGGCAACGACCCGCAACACAACGCAGCCAGACGCGAGGCGCCGCUGGACGAAAGCAAAAAGGACUUUUGGGACUCGUUUUCGAGCCUCGCGGACGAGCAGCCGCCGCGGAAGAACAGCUCCAUCGGCACGAGCGCCAUUGGGAUGGGCAAGAAGGGAAACACGGCGGCGCCAGGCGCGGCACAGAAGAAGAAUGAUGACUGGGAUGACUGGUGA